AUGAGCAAGUUGGGCACUUUAAUUCCUAAUCCAGGCUCUUUCGCUGUGCUCACUGUCGAUCCUGUGGCCUCCGUAGACUAUCUGGAAGACCCUGAAGCCACCGCCGCCAGCGCCCAACUUGUCUGCAAGGAUUAUCUGAUAUGUGCUGUCUCGAUUCGGACGAUCUUCAGUCCUCUGGCAGCGUUUCGCCAAGAACAUGUGUUAUUUGUUCAACAAGGCUUACCGCAAGACUUUCCUACCCAACUGGUCGACGCUAGCAUGUCGAUUCCAAUUGCCCCCCAGAACUACACUGUUCACGAUCAUCCGUCCAAGCGGGAACCACUCCAGAUGGCGACCAAUCCGUUCCCAUUCUCAGACUGCUAUUUGUCUGCCUUUGCAGCCGCUCAUGUACGGACCGCAAACGUCGCAGUCACGGAGCCCAUUAUCUGCGAGCUUGUUAAGGCGGAGCGAAUGCGUGCCAUGUACAUAACGGAGGAGGAUUAUGAGCUGCGUCUUGAUCGUCUCCAGGCGCAAGGGAAGAAAGAAGAAGAAGCGGUUGAUGAAGGAGAGAAGCAUGAAACGGCCCCAGAACACGAUACCGCCAGUGAGAUGCAUGGUGGUAAUCAAGCACUAUCCGAGGAUGAACCAAUGGACGAAGCGGAAGCGCUCGCCAUUUUUCGUGGCUUGCUGUCGGACGAACCCCCAGAGCACCUCCCCGCUGUCAGGUUCACCUACGACCUCUCUCGUGUUAAAGAAAUCAACGAUCCCCGUGGAUUCUGGGAGGAACUGGACAAGAUCGCCAAAGUGGUCAAAGCCUCCCAGGCAAGAAGGGAAGCGGACAAGGUUGCUAUUGCUGAGAAGGAUGCAGCGCGUUACGAUAGUCGAAUGGCCGAGCUAUUGGAAAACCACCAAGCUUCGAAGAUGGAUGGUCUCCGCAUACCACGAAUCUUAUCUCGUGGUGUUACUCGUGUCAAAUCGCUGUUGCGUCGUAUACUUUGCAUGUCUCCCGCCUCUCACACUACAUGA